AUGCCGACCCCAUUUCUUUAUAAACCAGAAUGGCCGCUCCUGAGGAAUACACCUAUCGUUAUUGGAAAGAGCAUCAACUUUCGGAUCAUUUGUAUCAGGGAGGAGGAACUCCGCAUGACCCUCCCCACGCUCCUCGCAUCCCCGUCGGGAUCUGUCGGGUUUAUUCCCAGGCUUCAGGCUACAGACAACCCUACUUUAUUGUUUAUAAUGAUGGAGCCACCCAGCACCACAUCUCCCCUGGCUGGAUACUGCCAGGGCUAUUCUACAGAUGUGGAUACCAUCCGCGAAAAAGAGUAUCCCUUGUUGAAAGACACGACAUACCUUGAUCAUGCCGGCACGACAGUAUAUGCCAAGUCUAUGAUUGAGGAGUUCUCGCGGCAGAUGACAUCAAGCCUUUUUGGAAAUCCCCACUCAAUGUCUUCGUCCUCACAACUUUCUACACAGCGGACAGACGAUAUUCGCCUACGAGUCCUUAAAUUCUUCAACGCAGACCCUGAAGAGUACGAUCUUGUAUUUGUGGCUAAUGCAACUGCGGCUAUAAAACUUGUGGCCGAUUGCUUUCGGGACUCUGAUCAUCGCGGCUUCUGGUACGGCUACCAUACCGAUGCUCACACCAGUCUGGUCGGGGUGCGUGAGAUAGCACAUAUGGGACAUCGGUGUUUCCAGAGCGAUACUGAUGUGGAUUCUUGGAUCUCUGAUCUCCCCACUCUCCAGACAAAGGCCACUCGACUUAUCGCAUUCCCAGCGCAGUCCAACUUGAAUGGCCGCCGUCUUCCUCUCAGAUGGUGCAAGGAAGUGCGUUCAGCAGCCGAGAAGAACGGAGGGAAUGGUUACACAUUACUCGACGCUGCUUCGUUUCUAUCGACUGGGUCGCUUGACAUUGGCUCAGUGGCACCGGACUUUACGGCACUGAGUUUCUACAAGAUAUUUGGAUUCCCAGAUCUGGGUGCCUUGAUCGUCCGAAAGAGUGCUGCACAUAUACUUGAGAGACGCAAGUACUUUGGUGGAGGUACUGUCGAUAUGGUCAUUGCUUCAGACGUACAAUGGCACGCCAAGAAGGAGUCUUCUAUCCAUGAGCGUCUCGAGGACGGAACUAUCCCUUUCCAUAAUAUCAUCGCUCUCGACGCCGCUAUUGAUACCCACGAACGUUUAUAUGGCUCUAUGGCAAACAUCUCCACACACUGUGCCUCCCUGGCAAAACAAUUCUAUGAUCGAAUCUCUGGCUUGACCCAUUGGAAUCAGACGAAAGUGUGCCACGUGUACGAGACAAAUGGAGUCUAUGGAUGUUCUACCACACAAGGCCCCAUCAUUCCCUUUAAUAUACGAAAUAGCCUUGGUGAAUGGGCUCCCAAGACUGAGGUGGAGAAGCUGGCAACCGUCCAGAACAUCCAAAUACGGACUGGGUCCGUUUGCAAUCCUGGAGGUACUGCACGCGCUCUUGGAUGGGUGGGUCAAGAUUUGCGUCGCCAUUACUCUACCGGUCUCCGUUGCGGAGACGCUCAUGAUCUCAUAGGUGGAAAACCAACGGGCGUCCUGCGUGUCAGUCUGGGCGCAAUGACAAGUAUGAAGGAUAUCGACUCAAUGGUUGAGUUCAUUGAGGAGUUCUAUGUGGAGAAGAUCCCUCCUGUUGUUGCAUUGACACCACCUGUUGAAGAAAUUGCCUGUGCUGAGCGUCACUUCUAUAUUGAAAGUCUCUCGGUGUUCCCCAUAAAGAGCUGCGGUGCCUUCAAGAUUCCAGAAGGGAAACGAUGGGAGAUCAGACGAGAAGGUCUGGCCUGGGACCGAGAAUGGUGCCUGAUUCACCAAGGAACUAAUGCGGCUCUGAAUCAAAAGAGAUAUCCCCGCAUGGCUCUCAUUCGCCCUGCUAUUGAUCUUGACCGGGGUAUUUUGCGUAUCAGUUGCGGUGUGCUGACCGAACAAGUGAGCCUUGAAAUUUCACUUGGCUGGAAAGACACCACUCUCAUUUCAACUUCGACAUGCACAAACACCAAACGGCCUUCUACGACUUCCUUGGUGUUCCUUGCACACUUGCCAGAUUCCCCUCUCAAACUGCCAGCCGACUUUCACGACCGCCCCGCCUAUCUGGCACAUGGAAAAACCGAUUCCGAAAGUUCAUCAUGCCCGGUUCAUUUCCGCCCGACCUCCCCCCUCCCUGUCCACGAAACGAAUACAAACCCCCUUCGUCUCUCCAACGAGAUGCCAAUUCUCGUCGUCUCACGCUCAUCUGUCAACCACCUCAACGAAAGCAUCAAGGCCAACUCUAGACAGGGUAAUGGUGGAAGCAAGACCGUCGCUGCGGAUGUCUUCCGAGGCAAUAUCGUCGUGGCAGAGCGACUUGUGAAACUCGGUGAUGCGGAACAGCCUUAUGCUGAGGAUUACUGGUCAGCUAUCCAUAUCGGCCCAACUCAGCUCCGCGUUGAUGUUCUAGAUGCAUGCCAACGAUGCCAAAUGGUCUGCAUCGAUCAAUUAACCGGUGUGCGAAGCCAGGAGCCCUUCUCUACUCUUGCAAAAACAAGGAACAUGAAUGGGAAAGUCUGUUUUGGUAAAUAUGCAGCACUUUCUCCGGGGAAGACAGCUGGGUUUGAGUCACAGCCGGAUCACAGGACGGUUAUGAUAGGAGACGUUGUCAUGCCUGUAUAUCAUGAUGAAUAA